AUGAAUUCAUCUAUAUCACGCCAUACUAAGCCUCCACAAAUUCAAAUGAAAUUAUCUGAAACAAAACAACAAGAAAAUGUACCAGUAAAUAAUUCACCAACGUUAUCACAAUGUACACCUACAUCAUCGACACCAUCAGAAGCUGAUGAAGAAGUACGAAUAGUGUUUUUAGGUUCAGCUAAAGUUGGGAAGACUUCAAUCAUUCAACGUUUUCUCCAUAACCAUUUCGAAACAAAAUAUACACCAACCGUUGAGGAUAUUCACUUGAAAAAGUUCAUAGUGCGUAAUCACAUAUUAAAACUUGUUUUAAUAGACACAGCUGGGAGUUAUGAUUUUCCAGCUAUGUUACGGUUAUGCAUAAGUAAAGCAAGUGCAUUUGUGAUUGUAUUUGCUCAUGAUAGCCUUGAUUCACUCGUACAAGCUGGUCAGCUAUUAUCACAAAUUAAAUCUCAGCGUAAAGACUAUGUCUCUCUAACUUCAAACUUGUCGCAUGAGCAAAGUGAAGAUUGUGUACCUAGCAUGAACGUGGCAUCACCAAUUACUGUUGUGUGCAAUAAGUCCGAUUUACCAAAUUCAUAUUCACAAAUCAGUGAAGGUGCCAUAAUGGAAUGGUUGCUUACAAAUGGUUUAAAGCCAUCACAAUUCGUAUAUGUUAGUGCUAAAACAAACGACUCAAUUAUGUCAAUAUUUGAAUCACUAUGGUUACAAAAUGAUGUGAGUAAGGCAAUAACGUUAGUUAAAUGGGAUGGUACUAGACGAGCUAGUUUGAGUAAUACCCAACAAACCGGAAUAACUACUAGUACUGGCAGUAAUACAAUCAGUAAUACAUCAGGGAAUAUGCUGCCCACUGGAAUAAGAGAAACAGAUUUUUCUGCGCUCAGUGGUACUGUACCUAAUAAUACUGUCUCAUCGAAUGAUAGUAAUAUCAAUCCUAAUACUCUUAGUAAUGAAUUAUCUGAUAUGAGUAUAACUGAACGAAAGCAUUCAAAGUUUCGUCAAGGAAUCUUUCGUAAUAGUUUGCGUUUAAGUCGAAGAUCUAGUGGAAAGACAAACAAAUGUAAACCAGAUUUAGUUUAUCUAGAUUGUACCAUAUCUUAAUAGCAAUUUAAAUGCUUUAUUAAGGAAUACAUAAUUAACAUUUUUUUGUGAAACUUUGUAUCCAAAAAAAAGUCUGGAUAAAAAAAUAUAUAUGUUCUAGUUACCAUCAAAAAUACGUUUAAAAUUAUUCCAUCCUUCGUUCCUUACAUAAAUUAUCAUGUAUUCUUCAUUGUCGAUAUAAAAUGUCUACAAAAAUUCUUAUAUGGUGUCUUAGAAAAUAUGUUGUCUAUAUUAGUGCGUCUGUUUCUUGUGUACAUUCUGUGAAAAUUUACUUAUAUGAUAUUUUUGUAAAUCUGAAAUAAUUAUC